GUUAACUUAAAGGUGGACCACCCCUUGAAAGUAUAUAAAUAUAGGAAAUCUAACAAUAUGUGGGUAAAAAUAAUGGAGCGACAUGAAAGCUUUUGAACAGGGAGAGUCUGACAAUUGUACCCCAGGAGCAGCUGUAGGUUGGACAAGCCCAGUUUAGCUAAAAAGAAAAACCACCAGACCCACACGUAGGGGCGGAGAGACUAAAGGAAACAGAGAGGAAAUAGACAGAUCUUGUCCCAUGUGUGGGAAGCUGAGUAACGAGACGUCCCUAUUGCUCUUGCCCCUCUCUGCACCCUGCGAAGUGCAAAUCUGUUUAGAUUGGUGUCUAUAUUUAACCACUCGUUGCCUCCCUCCCCUCUGUCCUCUCUCUCUCUCUCUCUCUCUCUCUCUCUCUCUCUCUCUCUCUCUCUCUCUCGGAGUCUCUGUAGGGCUUUGCUGGUGGGGAGGGUCGCUCUGCUAUCUGGAAGCUAUAGGACAUACUUGCUAAAUUCUCAAGAGCAACUCAAGCCCCAGCACCGGCCGAGGGAGUAAACUGAACUGAAGUUGCACCAAAGAAUCGAGAGGGUUGAGGAUUCUCAGUGGCCCCUGAAGCCAGGAAGGAAAUGGAGGGGAAAUCGUCGGAAGUCGGCUCAGCGGAGGAGCCCCCGGUACCAUCAGUAGCGAAGCUUGCAGGGAUAUUUGGGGAGCAGCGCAACAGCCCCAGGAAAGAGAUACCCCCCCCAAAACCGACUCGAAGGAAACCCCCCUGCUCUCUCCCCCUGAACAAGCUUGAGGUUGCACACAAUGAUGAAAGAGUCUCCCCGCCGGCUUGUCUGCAGCACAAAAUCAAAGUGAAAAGUUCUCCCCUUAUAGAGAAGCUUCAGGCCAAUUUGGCUUUCCCUCCAGUUGUGCUUCUACCAGGAGGAGGGUCGCCGAAGAGCCCUGGCCCGAAAGUUAUGACCUCUCCAUUCAGCAGCCCCCCAUUAACACCUGGCAGCCCGGGAAUUCAAUCUCGUUCCAGUGAAUCAGAUGAAGCUCCUGUCAGUUUUGAAAACCCACCAGAGGGCGCACAUACCCUGAGUAAUGCUAAGGAUCGUACAAAAGGCUCCAUAAAGCGUCGGCCCCCAAGCCGAAAAUUCCGUAAAUCCCAGACAGAGUGUGGGACAGAGGAUGAGGUAGAGGCGAGCAAAGCGCCAAAAGAAAAUGGGGAGGGAACCCAAAACACAGAUGACGUAUUUGACCCAAAGGAAAUUCAGAACAAGGAGGAAUCUGAGUCGCUCACUGAGACCCAGGUGGAAACAGGAGAAUCACCAGAGAAAAGUGAAGCAGAAAAGUCUGCGGAUGAAAAGGAAACAGAAAGGGAAAUAGAAUUGGAUGUAAAUCAGGGAGAUAUUAAAAAGGACUGUGACGAAGAAACCACAGUGAAUGAAUCAGAUCCCAAAGAGCCGACCAUUGUACCUACGGAUUCAACCAACACGGAAACCACAAAGGAGAAGCCACGUGACCAGUUGGGAGAAGAAGCAGAAGUAAAAGAAAGUAAAUCUAAUGGAGAGGAUGAACUGGACAAAGACAAUUGAAGACGUCACUGCGACCAAUAAUGGAGGGCAAAUCCUAUUUGUAACAAUAAACUUUGCUAAAUUCUCUGCUGUGUUCCCAUAAACGACUUACUAUAAACCUGGAUCAUGAGUGGGAUCCUCCUUGUGGGAAUUCGGACGCACCCGAGUCUGUCCGAGCUCCCUGUGGUGGAAUCAUGGGAGCGACUGUUCCUGCUGGGAAUAAUGUGUUCUCCACAUGUCUUUAUUUUUUUAAACUCUUUUUAACUCGUAUUUAUAAUUUUGGAGCAAAUCCAUGUGUCUUGCCUGGCACUGCAUUAUUAUGGGAGGGAACAUCAUUGAUAUCCAGAGCACAAAGAGUUAGGGCAUCAGAUAUUUCUAAUUUAUAGAUGUUCCUCAUAUCUGGGUGUGCUUUAUCUUCACUGGUUGGGUCCAUUUACAUAUUUGAAGAGUAGGCUGGGUUGGUUUAUGGAGUACACAUGGACAGCCCAAUGAAUGACUGCAAUCAAUGGUGGUUUCUUUGGCAAAACAUACCUCUACAGUGCAAGAAGGAGAUGAAACCCACCCUCUUUGGUGUCAGGUUCCCACAAAAACCUAAACCAACUGCUUAAUGUGGUCUUCUCUGUUCUAGAAAUAUCUCUGAAGGUUUCAUGUAACUACCAUGUCCUUGGCUAAGGGCAAAAGGUAUCUUAGCUACGGAAGAAGAAACCAAUAUUUUGUUGCUCCUCAAGCUUUCAUCUUGGUCAAUCAAGGUCCUCUUUAGCUUGGCACAUGCAGAGCUCUUUCUCUCUAUUGUUUCAUGGUGAGGUAUUUCACUCAACACCCCAAUGUGUUGCCCAACAGCUUAUACAUUUAGCUUCAGAUUUUAAAUAUAAAAAGUAUGAAACUUUAUAGCUCAUCACAGGUGAUCUGCUUCCAGUGGCCGUACCCUGUUAGAAACAUGAAUUGAUUUAUCUCAAGCUUUGAUGCUUGUGGGGAUGUUGUCUGAAGAAUAGGGUAGAAGUGGACCAUACACUCUUGACAAUCAUUGUCUGAUCUGGGCCCCCCAAAUUGGGUUCAUCUCAUUGUUCACCUCAAGCAAACAAUCACAUGACAAGUGGCAUCUGGAUGGAAACCACCACCAACGGCCUAAUGAGGACCUCACCUGGUGGGAUUUACAGCCUUUUGAUUGACAGAAAUGAGAGCCCAGAGUAGAUACCAGUCAGUUGUUUUUAGAAAUCUACUAGUUCGUCUAAAUCUGCUUUCAAAUGUAAUCAGGUUAUUGAUCGGACAUAAUCAGGGUUAGAUUGGUCAUGUUGCUUGGUAGGACCCCUACAUAAUUGUUUAGCUUGAUGGAAAAUUAAAAUCCAGAUGGGUGCAACCAA